UGUAAGGAUAGGAGUCAUAAUUGUCAGGGUUGUGUUAUGUUGUUUUGGAAGUAAGGGUCACGGGGAAACUGAAGCUGCUGGGUCAGUAAAGGUCUGACAGACUUUAAAGAGGUUUCUGAGUAGCACGUGUGGGGGACAGACGUGUCCGGCACCACAGGCUACGGCCCUGGGGGACGCCUCACGGGUGAAAAUAGGCAACCUUUGCCUAUAAGUGAAACCUAGCUGGUCUUUGUGGAGUGAAUGAGGGGACGAAGUCUCCGCCCUUCUGAAAUUUUGAUAAGAUCUCUUCCGUGGUGUAAAAGUCGUGGAGAGCGAGAAACCGUUUCUGUGUGUGUGUGUCUUAUUAUAAUCUUUUUUGUAUUACUGAUAACCAUGGGGCAGUCCCGAUCCACCCCUCUGUCAUUAACAUUGGCACAUUGGCCAAAAGUAAAAGCACGAGGGCAAAACCUGUCUCUUAUUAUCAAGAAGGGGGAUUGGCAAAAUUAUUGCGAAAGUGAAUGGCCAACUUUUAAAGUAGGAUGGCCACGGUCAGGUACCUUUGACAUCCAUACCAUACGGGCAGUCCGAAUGUCUAUUUUUGCCUCAAUAGGAGGCCAUCCUGACCAAGAACCAUAUAUCACAGUAUGGGAAGAUUUGGUGAUGUAUCCGCCGGACUGGGUCCGACCAUUUCUUCCAAGUGAUAAAAUAAGAGUCCUAGCCCCCAAUAAUGGGGGAGAUUAUGAAAAAUUGAAAGAACCAAGCCCUAAGACCAAGGUAUAUCCAGAGGUCGAGGGACCCCCUGAAUGGACUCCACCUGUAUCCACAUCUAUACCCACCGCCCCCCCAACUGGACCCCAGUCCCCAAACGAGGGAGUACCUGUGCCAUAUAACCCGGGGGGUUGGGAAGAAGGACCCUAUACCGGUACCAGGAGUAAACGGGGGAUAACGCCUGAGGGACCAGACUCCACUGUAGCCUUACCACUCCGGGCGGUGGGGCCAGCCCCCACAGAGCCAGAUGAGUUACAACCAUUACAGUACUGGCCCUUUUCGUCCUCUGAUUUGUACAACUGGAAAGCAAAUAACCCUUCUUUUUCUGAGAACUCUGCUGCCCUCAUAGGACUAGUCGAAUCCCUGAUGUACUCCCAUCAGCCCACAUGGGACGACUGUCAGCAGUUACUUCAAACACUUUUCACCACAGAGGAGCGAGAACGAAUCUUCUCGGAGGCACGGAAAACCCUACAGGAAGGCCAACCAGGCCAACCCCCUCGAACAGGAAUGGAAGUGGAAGCGUUGUUCCCAGCAGCGCGACCGCAAUGGGACUAUAAUACAGCAGCAGGUAGGGAACGACUGUCCAUAUACCGCCGGGCUCUGGUAGCAGGACUAAGAGGGGCAGCCAGGAAACCUACCAAUCUGGCAAAGGUGAGAGAAAUUAUGCAGGGGCCUAAUGAACCACCCUCGGUGUUCCUAGAACGUAUCAUGGAGGCCUAUCGUAUUUAUACCCCGUUUGAUCCCGAAUCUAGGGGACAGCGGGCCUCCGUUAUCAUGUCCUUCAUUGGACAAGCUGCACCAGACAUAAAACGAAAACUGCAGCAUAUCGAGGGAUUGCAGGAUUACACCCUGCAAGAUAUUGUUAAAGAGGCUGAAAAAGUGUUCCAUAAAAGGGAAACUGAGGAAGAAAAGUGGGAGAGGGAAAAGAAUGAGAGAGAGAAGGAAGAAAUACGGAGACAAAAGAGACAGGAUAAGAAUUUAACAAGAAUACUUACUACAGUAAUGGCCGAGGGGAAACGCCAAGGGGAAAGACAGGCAAGAGGAGGAAGGGACCUGGGCGACAAUGACAGGAAUAAGGGACCCAGAAGACUGGGAAAAGAUCAAUGUGCCUUCUGCAAGGAACAUGGGCAUUGGGCCCGUGAAUGCCCCAAGAAAAAGGGAAGGAGAGUGCUGACCCUGGAGGAAGAUGAAGAUUAAGGGGGUCAGGGCCCGGAACCCCUCCCCGAGCCUAGGAUAACGUUAAAUGUGGAGGGGACCCCAGUAAAUUUUUUGAUUGAUACUGGGGCAGAAUAUUCCGUACUGAAAACCUCAUUAGGGACUGUAACUAACAAACAGACCAUGGUAAUUGGAGCAACAGGUCGAAAAGAAUACCCCUGGACAACUAAUCGAACUAUUGACUUGGGAACUAACCAAGUAUCCCAUUCUUUUUUGUUAAUACCCGAGUGCCCUACCCCCCUCCUCGGGCGAGACCUGCUAACAAAAAUGAAGGCUCAGAUAAGCUUUACUUCUGCUGGCCCUGAGAUCGCCCUUGCAGGCGAAAAGCCAAAAACAUGCAUAUUGUCCCUGCACUUGGGGGAGGAAUAUAGACUAUACCAAAACCCCAAGGAGAACCUGGAUAACCUUGAAAAAUGGCUCAAGCAGUAUCCGAAGGCAUGGGCCGAAACUGGGGGCAUGGGGGAAGCGGUGAACAUCCCUCCCAUAGUGAUCGAGCUACAAUCAAGUGCCACCCCAAUAAGCGUAAAACAAUACCCAUUGUCAAAAGAGGCAGUAGCAGGGAUACGACCUCAUAUCGACAAGCUUGUACAACAAGGGAUUCUUGUGCCUUGUAAAUCUCCCUGGAACACACCACUCCUGCCGGUAAAGAAACCUGGGACUGGGGAUUAUCGGCCAGUACAGGACUUGCGGGAAGUCAACAAAAGAGUCCUUACCUUACAUCCUACGGUACCCAACCCAUAUAAUCUCUUAAGCUCUCUUCCCCCAGAUCGUACCUGGUAUACAGUCCUUGACCUAAAGGAUGCAUUUUUCUGCUUGCAACUGCAUCCAGUGAGCCAGUUAAUUUUCGCUUUCGAGUGGAGAGAUCCUGAAAGUGGGAGAGUGGGUCAACUCACGUGGACAAGAUUACCACAAGGAUUUAAGAAUUCUCCUACCUUGUUUGAUGAAGUCCUCCAUAGGGACCUGGCAACUUUCCGGGCACAAAACCCACAGGUAACUUUACUCCAAUAUGUAGAUGACCUCCUACUCGCGGCGUCCACCAAAGAGAACUGCCUGAUGGGAACUCGCAGACUACUGGUUGAACUUGGAAGGUUGGGGUACCGUGUCUCAGCGAAGAAGGCACAAAUCUGCCGGAAAGAGGUAACCUAUCUGGGAUAUGCUCUAAAGGAUGGAAAAAGGUGGCUGACGGAAGCCCGAAAGAAGGCCAUCUUGCAGAUCCCCACCCCGUCAACCUCUCGACAGGUGCGUGAGUUCCUGGGAACAGCGGGGUUCUGUCGUCUGUGGAUACUUGGGUUUGCUAGCUUGGCUGAACCACUAUAUCCACUCACAAAAAAAAAGGGAGAAUUCGUAUGGGGCAAAGAGCAGGAGGAGGCCUUCACCAACAUAAAGAAGGCGCUGUUAAGUUCCCCUGCUCUGGCGUUACCUGACCUCACCAAACCAUUUACUCUGUUCGUGGAUGAGCGAAAGGGAGUGGCCCGGGGUGUGUUAACACAGAGACUUGGACCCUGGAAACGGCCAGUGGCAUACUUGUCAAAGAAAUUAGACCCCGUGGCCAGUGGAUGGCCUGCCUGCCUUAAAAUAGUGGCUGCCACAGCAGUCUUGGUAAAAGACUCUGAUAAACUUACUUUUGGACAACCAAUUACAAUCAUUGCAGCCCACUCCCUGGAAAGCAUUAUUCGGCAACCUCCUGACCGAUGGUUAACAAAUGCCAGGAUGACUUACUAUCAGAGUCUGUUACUAACUGAACGUAUUAAGUUUGCCCCUCCAGCCAUCCUGAACCCAGCCACACUGAUGCCUGAAGCAAGAGAGAGUGACCAGCCUCUCCAUGAAUGCCAAGAGGUUCUAGCCGAAGAAGUGGGCAUUCGCGCAGACCUGACUGACCAGCCUAUGGAAGGAACCCCCUCGUGGUUCACCGAUGGGAGCAGCUACCUGGUGGAAGGAAAGCGUAAGGCUGGCGCAGCCGUAGUGGACGGGAAACGGGUCGUGUGGGCUAGCUCGUUGCCAGAGGGGACCUCUGCCCAGAAAGCCGAACUAGUAGCCCUCAUACAGGCCCUGAGGCUGGCUGAAGGAAAAGUGAUUAACAUAUUUACCGAUAGCAGAUAUGCCUUCGCAACUGCUCACGUCCAUGGGGCAAUAUACAGACAGAGGGGGCUCUUGACAUCAGCGGGGAAGGAAAUUAAGAACAAAGAGGAAAUUUUAAAUCUCCUAGAAGCCGUACACCUCCCCAAAAAGGUAGCCAUCAUACAUUGCCCAGGGCAUCAAAAAGGAGAUGACUGGGUUGCAAGAGGGAAUCGAAUGGCAGACACAACUGCCAAAGAGGCCGCACUAGAGGCCAUGAUACUCUCAGUAAAACUGGACGACAAACAGGCAGUGGAAGGAAAGGAAGAAACAAACCUAUCCGCUGAGGAAGGGAAAGCUUACAUCGAUAAAAUGCACCGACUUACGCAUUUGGGGACUGAAAAACUUAUCACACUAGCAAAAAAAUCACGCUACAAGGUCCCGGACCUACGGAAAACCGUGGAACGCAUCGUACAAAAUUGCGAGGUAUGUGCCUUUACAAAUGCAGGACAUACUAAAGGAAUCCAAGGAAAGAGACUGAGAGGAGAUCGACCAGGAGCAUAUUGGGAAGUAGACUUUACGGAAGUAAAGCCUGCCCGGUACGGUAACAAAUAUUUGUUAGUGUUUGUAGAUACCUUCUCUGGAUGGGUCGAAGCAUACCCUACAAGGAACGAAACAGCACUAGUAGUGGCAAAAAAGAUCCUGGAAGAGAUUUUUCCCCGGUUCGGUAUUCCCAAGGUAAUCGGGUCAGAUAAUGGACCUGCCUUUGUCGCCCAGGUAAGUCAGGGAGUAGCCAGACAAUUGGGGAUUAACUGGAAGCUCCAUUGUGCAUAUCACCCUCAAAGUUCAGGACAGGUAGAAAGGAUGAAUAGGACCUUGAAAGAAACUUUAACUAAAUUAGUAGCGGAGACCGGCGGGAGGGAUUGGACAGUCUUUCUCUCCCUCGCUCUGUUUAGGGUUCGAAACACCCCAGGACCUACGGGGCUCACCCCUUAUGAAAUCUUGUAUGGGAGUCCCCCUCCUCUGACAGAAAUAGUGGGGACUGAUGAACCUGUUGUGCCCUCUCUUACUCUUGCAGCACGCCUAAAAGCGUUGGAAGUAGUUAGAAAAGAAGUUUGGGAACAGUUGAAGAACCUCUACGACCCAGGCGAGGUGUCGAUGCCCCAUUCGUUCCAGGUCGGAGACAAAGUUCUGAUUAGACGACACCGAUCAGAGACGCUCGAACCUCGGUGGAAGGGACCGUAUGUGGUAUUGUUAACAACUCCCACCGCUGUAAAAGUCGAUGGGAUUACUACGUGGGUACAUUCAGCGCAUGUAAAAAGGGCACCUAGAGAUACACAAAAGGAUGAUUGGGUGGUGGAAAAGACUGAUAAUCCUCUUAAGCUUCGUGUGUUUCGGAAACCUAACCGAAACACCUAGGGAAAAUCUCUUGGUGGGACUAAUCCGAGAUUUCGGGAAGGCCCAAAAUGCAACCAGUAUCACUGCUUGUUUACCAUUACCACAAGCAGCUGGGGAGCCUAUUCCGUGGGGUAUAAUCCCGGCGGGACCACUACCAAAAUAUAAAAAUAAUGUAUCCCAAUUUUGUAAGAGUGUGCCCCGAACUAGGACUGGGGUAGGUCGGCGAUUUAUCAGGACACGAAAAUCACAGUGGAAAAUCAGGAAGGAAGACUGCAAACGAAAACUUAAUUCUGUAUAUAAAAAGGGAGGGAUCCAUUCUGUGGGGACGUGUUAUUUUGAUGAGGAAAAACAAGUUACAGUAACUACCACUGAAACUUACUCUGAAGUGGUAUGUCAGAAUAUCACACAAUUAGACCCCAAGGUCUGGCAAUCUAUCUGGGGACCCGCUAUUGCAGAAACUUUUAGCUACAUAGGACCAGUAAACUGGUGUGUGCAGUUUCAAGGAAAGCAGGAUCAACACUAUACACACACUUUUCAUGAGAUGACUUCUAAAAAAACGAUUGUGGAACACACACAUGGGUGGAACUGUACCAAAGUCCUCAACUGUGACACCCCGGAGAGGGAAAUAGGGAUUUUCCCCGUCCGUUAUCUGCUUAAGUGGGGAUGUGAAUGUCGAGGAUACAAACAUACCCUGCCACCACAUACUAAAGGUGGGUCAGAUGGGGAAAUGCUUGACUGCAAAUAUACUACAAUCCAGAGUCCUGGAAAUUUAGUAUGGGUCACUAACGAACGGAAAUGGACCACACAUAUUUCCAUUGAUGGGCCUAUUAAUCAAAUUACCCUAGGGGUGCCCACACUGUGUCCCUACUGGAAAAAGUCUGGAGAAAAAGAACUUAUACCUCGAAAGAGGAGGGAUGUAAGUAAAGAAGGCGAGGAAGCCCCCAGUGAUGAAUGGCAGGAACCAAAAACUGCGAUAAAAAUAGGGUGGGCAAUUGAAUCUAUAUUUCCCCAAAUCGCAGCAUAUAGAAAUAGGGAGAUGCUUGAUAAAUUGUUGGCACAAACCGCGCGAUUAGCGGCUGUUAUUAAAAAGGGAUUUAAAGAUAUGAAUUUCCAACUCCAGGCAACUAGCAAAAUGGCUCUGCAAAAUCGGAUGGCCCUUGAUAUGUUACUAUUAAAGGAACAUGGGGUUUGUGGGUAUCUAAAAAAUAAAAUAAGCGACUGUUGUAUACAUAUCCCAAAUGUUACGGAAGCUGUAGAAAACGAUAUUAACAAAUUACAUCAGAUAGAGGAGAAAACAAAAGGAAUUGAAGAGGAAGCCCGAAGAAAUUGGGUAGGGGAAGUAUUCAAUUCCCUAGGAAUACAUAUUGCUGAGUGGUUAUCUUCAUUAAUCCAAACUGUGAUAAUUACUAUUAUUCUUAUUGGUAUAAUCUUUAUUUCUUAUAAGUGUGUUUUAGGACUGUGCCUAAAGGGGUGGAAGAAGACUCCAAAAUGACAUCCAUAAUGUUAUAAGCUUAGAAUAGAAAUAUAAUGUUAGUAAGUGUUAGUCCUGACCACUGGCCUGGCCUCUCCAGAAAUUCUAAGAUUAGAAAUGUACAAAAGAAAAAGAGGGGAAUGAGAAGAGGCGAAACUGAGAAGAGGCAAAACAAACAAAAUGGAGUACGGCCUGCACACUAUGAGAACAACAACCGCCUCAGCGAAAGUGCAGUCUCAUUAAGACCGCUUCAUUUCCAAGAAGCAGAAGUUAAAAAACAUUUCCUAAAAAAGGCUGCGGCCUGUGGUUAUCAGGAGAGGCCAGACCGAGGGUCAAGAGCUUGUAACUAUUGUUCGAACCCUAUAUCUAUUGUGUGGCGUGUAAACCCUAUAAAAACCCUUUCCUACUGAGCACCAGGGUCGCCUCCUCUGACUCCUGCGUGAGUUACGAGACGACCCGGAGCUCCGAAAUAAACCUCACCUCGUGCGUUUGCAUCAA